UUAACCCCGAACACCCCGAAGGUCAUGGACGGUCAUGGAUAUCAUGGAUACAAAGUUAGCGUAGGUCAUAAUGUUCAAGAACAGAGAGCGAAAGUGUGGCAUACAUGGGUAACAAAAGAUUUGGAUUGUAUUAAUGGUAUUAAUAGAUGUGUACAAUGCUGAACUGAAUUAUGGAGGAAGGACUUUGUUAGUGUAUUAUCAUAUUUCUUAACAAAUAACUGGAAAGAGGAAGUUAGGUUAAAAAUCACGUGUUUUCGAAAUUCAAGAUUUGUUAACGAGCUUAUUAGGACGACAGACACUCAUUUUAAAGGAACAACACAUCUGAUGAAAGUGGUGUGAACUGUUGUAGUGAUAUGCGUUAUCUAUUUCGAGAGGACGUGUACAAAACAAUUAACUAAUGUGUCUCACUACCACGUAAAUGUAUGUUCCAUUAGUUCAUUAUUUGGUGGGCCUGUGUAGAUUGAUAGCGUUGAGAUUGUAUAUUUAAAAUGUUUGGCUCAACCUUAUUCAGUGCUUUGUGUAUAAGGUAUACUGUUUCAUUCAGAAAAUCCAAUUCGCAACUAAAAAAGGGAAAUGUUGGUGAAGUGAUCAAGAAACUAAAUAAAGAGAACAAAUCAUUGUUUGGUGAACUGUUAGAAACAAGACCACAGAAACGUAAAAGAGAAGCGAAAAAUGGGCCUGCAUUUCCCUCAUCUGCAGAGCAGCACUCAUGCUCAGUUCAAAAUAAAACGUCAUCAGAAGCAUGGUGGUACAAACAAACGCUAGCAGCAAGCAAUAUAGUGCGGUUGAAAAAAAAUUCAAACACAUACUCUGAAGCUAAAAGUGAUAAAUCUGAUACACACUGGGAAGAAACAUUAGAAUCUGUACAAGAGCAACAUAGUGGUGAUUCUUUUGUAAAGUUACCAGGUGAGGCAAGUCAGUGUAGUACAUCAUUAAGUCCUGAAAAGAGUGUAUGUGAAGUUUCCACGAACAGUAUUGAAGACGCACAUGCCAGUCAUGUCACAGAUGUUUUGGGAAAAACUGAUAAAACACCUAUGUUACACCUUCCUGAUAUCAUUGUUAGAAACAUACCAACAUUUCCUCUUCUGAAUGAAAGUAAAAGCAAAGAAUCAACGAUGCCAUCUGAAUGUGCCUGGAAUAUAUUACCACAUACUAAACAUGUUAGUAACAGGAAGGACUGUCUUCUAUAUCCAUCAGUAAGCAAGAUUUUAAAUGCUACAAUGUCUGACAGUUCUCGUGUUGCGCUGAAAAGGUGGCGUCAGAAGAUGAUUUCAGAGCUUGGUGAAGAAGGAUUUCUAAACCAUUACAGAGGUCUGCUGGAUAGGGGAAGUCUGUUUCAUGCUGCCAUUCAAAACUAUCUGUCAGGUGCACCAGAAUCUGAUCUAAAUUUGGAACAAGUUCAAGGGUGCUGGCAGAGUUUGUCGGAUGUUGUCACAAACAUUACAGAUGUCAGAGUUCUGGAGAGUCAUGUUGUUCACUCAAGUCUCCUGUACAAGGGUGUCAUUGAUUGUGUAGCGCAAUAUAAAGGAAAGCCUGUGAUAAUUGAAUGGAAGAAAUCUGACAGACAGAAACCUGAGAUUGAAAAAACAUAUGAUGCUCCACUCCAACUAAGUGCCUAUUUUGGAGCUAUGAACUAUGAUGUUAAUUACAACUUUCAGGUUCAGGGUGGACUUGUUGUGGUGGCAUAUAGUGAUGGCUCUCCAGCUCACACUUUCAAUAUGUCAAUAACAGAUUGCAAGAAGUACUGGAGUUUGUGGCUUCUCAGAUUGCAACAGUACUGGGUUCAGCAGCAGCAAGAAACUGUGCAUUCAAAUUGAUUAGUUUGCUAGGAUUUAACAAGGUUGUGAUGUACAUGAAGGAGAGGAUGACUGAAUUUAGAGCAGUAGUAAUAUAAAAUUGCUAGCAGCUACUUGAUCAAGAUGUGUGAUGUGUUCCAACACAUAAGUUUAUUGGUCACUAAAGAAGCUAUAAGGAAUAGUGGAAACUGAAGGUACAAUCUAAUGAGGUUCAGUUUUUCAUAAUUUGGUCUGUAGAUCAAAGCAAGUAUAUGUAUCACUUGUUUUACCAACAUUCAUUUAUGUAUUUUUCACUACAAUGAAGUAUGUUAAUUUUUGCCAGUUUUUAACUGAACAAACUUUAUUUUUGCUACAACAAAGAACAUAGUUUUGUAAGAAGGUUUCUUGUGAAGGUGGAGAAAUGCAUACAAAGUACAUGGGAAGAAGCAGACAUCCUCACCUAUGUGCAUUUUCCACUUUCCCAGCCUGUCCAUGUACCUCUUUGUGAUCAGGCAGAAUCAGCUGUGCUCUUGAUUACGUACAUUUUAUCCAUAAAUGUCUGUGGUAUUUAUGUCUGUCAUGGCACCAGUAUAAAUGAAAGUGGUUGUGAGGGCCGUUGGUAAGCCAGAGAAAGUAAGGACAGUAACAUGUUUGGCUACAAGUUGCAUCAUUUGCAUUACUUCAGCUAUGAAAAAAUGAGUGUUAAUAAAAUAAUACAAUUUUAUUUUAAAUAAAUAUAAACAAAUAAUACUGCCAUUAUUUUAAUGUUUAUUUACAAUUAAAUCAUAUAUUAAAAAUAUUGCGGGACUCUUCUGGGACUCAUGAACAAGUUGGCAACUUUUACAUGUAAAGUAAUGGGAACAUCAUUAUCGGACUCUCAGAUUUUCACCUUAUGAACAGUUUUCAUGGAACGAAUUACCAUCAUAAAUUGAGGGAUGCUUGUGUAGUACUGUGCCAUCAAACGUAUACACAUUUUCAUAUUUUACUUCUGAGUGUGUAUGUCAUUGUACAUAUGUGUGAUGUGUUAAAUCUUAGUAUUCAGACUAAAGAUUUAGCACCUUUAUUGUGAACUACACUACUGAACCAGUAACAUAGCUAGAUCUAAUAUCUGCUGCGGAGGUAACCUAUCUCACUGAAGAAUAUACAGAAGAUACAGAACUAGGCUAGUGGUUUCCAUACAUUUUUAGCUGCUUAUGGGAAACAUACUUUUGCCCACAUCUUGUGUUUGGCAGCAGUAUCCCUAAUUGUUUUAUGCUAUAUUAUGUUUGUUAUGUGAAAAUAAGAUGAACACCUGUUAUCUUUUUCAUGUCCAUCUUUCCAGUGUACUACCACUGAUGCUGCUCCAGAUAUAGGAGUUUUCUUGAUAUUUGGUAUAUCAAAUAUUUAUUAAUUGAGAGACAUGAUCUGUGAUCAUACAUGAUAAUCUAAGUACAUAUUGAAUAUAUUAAAGUAAAUAUUCUUCAGCAA